AUGACUGUCGAGGCCCCCACGGAUGUCUUGCAUACUAUCAAUCUCGUCACACAAUAUAUAUGUAUUCCAGUCGUGACGAUAUUUGUGGCGUUGCGAUUCUAUACCCGGUUUCGAUUCAAGCAAUCCCUAGGAGUUGAAGAUGUUGCGUGUACGAUAUCCUGGCUCCUGUUUAUGGGAUAUUGUGCAAUCGGCAUUGUCAUCGGCGAACAUGGCGGAGGAUACUACUUUAACGAACUCAGCUCUAAGCAGCAAAUAGCAUUUAAAAAGUUCUGCUACAUUGCGACCAUUCUCUACUGUCCGAUGGCACUCUUCGUCAAAAUCGCCCUCCUAUCGAUUCUUACCCGCAUCUUCUCCCCAUAUCGCGGCAAAGUCUGGUUCAUCUAUAUCUUCCUCGGCUGCUUAUGCUGCUACUACCUCGUCGCUCUGAUCGUCAAGAUUUGCAUGUGCAACCCCAUCCCCAAGUACUGGCUCGGUGACCAGGUGCAGGGAAGUUGCCUGGACCAAACCGCUGCCCUCAUCGCCGACUCCGUGAUUAGUGUCGUCAGCGACCUUAUCAUCCUUAUCAUCCCAUUGCCAUUGACAUGGUCUUUGCAAAUGUCGCGCAAUCGAAAGCUGCGCGUGAUAGGCAUACUUGGUGCUGGUGGACUGGCCACCGCCUUCAGUCUUUACCGGCUGGUGAUCGUGUUGAAAGGCUCAAAAGAUGAGAGCAUCAUGUUUGUUACUGUCAUCUUAUCCGGCAAUGCCGAGGGAGGUGUUGGAUUGAUUUGCGCAUGUCUACCUGUCCUCAAUGUCAUGUUCGCCUAUUACAAGAAGAACUACUCGUCGCAAAAAUACUACGCAAACGGCGGCUCUACCCAUCCGUUGAGUGAUAGAAAGUCAGCCCCGGCUUCGAAUGUUGCUACUGACUGGGACAAGGUGACCAACUUUGGUGAUCAGAGCCAUCUAAUUUCAUUUGCUGGUCCCCCGGAGGCUGGUGAGUCGAUCUACAACCAGGACGGCAUCAGGAAGACGGUGGCUGUGUCACAGACCGUGGAAACGUCUUAA